GGGCCCCCCUGCGCGCCACGAUGCUGGCGGCGUGCGGCGUGGGCGGCUGGCGGGCGGGCGUCCCCGCCGUGGUGACUCCCGUGAGCCUCGACCCCGGUGCCAUGGCCGCGAGGAGCUUCGAGGGCGAGCGGUGGCGAGAGCCAGCCAAGGUGACGCUCCUCCCCAGCGAGGAAGAGGUCCCGUGGCCCGGGCGCCUGGCGCCCACGGCGUGCUCCGAGCAGGGCAGCGCCAGCAGCUCCGAGCUGCCCUCCCCGGGGCUCUCGCCGCCGACCCGCACGCAGCGGCGCCGCAUGCAGCGCCGGACCAAGAAGACCAUGGACAGGCAGGUGGUGUCCGAGCAGUCGCACGGUGCACCGUCUUUGGAGCGGCCUCCAGGAGUGUUCGCCCAGCCGGCCGCCCGUGUUCACGCAUGGCCAUGCCAGUUUGCGGCGCUCUUUCGGGUGCACCUGUGACGUCGGAGACGAGCAGGGGCGUUCGAGCUCGCCUGUCGCGGAUCAGCUUUGCCCAGCCAGCUAUGGCCGCCCGUGCUCACGCAUGGCCAAGGAGGUCUGUGGCUUGUUAGAACCUGUGACGGCGUGGCUUAGAGGAAUGGCCCGA